AUGUACAUUGCUAAGCCUCUCGAAGGUAUCAAGCAAGACGACGUGGAGGACUGGACGGAGGCGGCUGCGACUAUGGGCGAUAUUUACGAGAAUUCUUGGAUCACUAUCGCAGCUACUGGAUCACACAGCAGUCAAAGAGGGAUCUACUCGACUGUUUCAGACCGUUACAAAGCCAGAGCGUUGGAAAACCACGAGUUUCAAGUACGAGAAGCCCUACCGGAGUUCAGCGAUCCAGAUCAGCACUUUUGGAAUCACGAUAAUUGGCCACUCCUGCGCAGGGCUUGGGUAUAUCAAGAGCGGCAGCUAUCGUCCCGCAUGGUUCACUUUGGUCAGCAGCAAAUCCUCUGGGCAUGCAAUUCAUCGUUCCAAUCACAAGACGGAUGGUAUCCCUCAAAAUGGAACCCUAGUAUGAAAAAGAGUCUUUCGGACUGGACGUACAUUGUGUCAGAGUAUUCAGCAUUGCAGCUAUCCUACGAAAGCGACCGUCUGGCCGCUAUCGCUGCCAUUGUCCUGCGUGUUAUGCAAAUUCGACCGGACGAUACCUAUAUUGCAGGCAUGUGGAAAGAUACUCUCAUCCCUGACCUAUUCUGGUACAGGUGCGCCCCCCAAGAUGGAGCUGGCCGUACGCACCGCAUACCGACAUGGUCUUGGGCCUCCGCACCUGUUUCAAUACGGCAUUUCAUCACGGAACAACCUUAUCAGCAGGUUGUGCAACUACUGGAUGUGACCUUUACCUCCAUAGGAAUACCUCAUAUAGGGCAAGUCGAAGAUGCUAGUAUCACGCUACAAGGACCCGCCUGUAGCCUUCCAAGAUCAGCGUAUGCUAUCUUGGAAGAGAGUGAUACAGCCGCAUACUGGGCAUACACAGUAGUCCCCAUGACGUCGGAUGUCGCAUGCGCUAUCUUCAAAGACUUCGAUUGGCAAACUGUCGAGCCUCCCGUAGGCUCCGACCAUGAAUUGACCGUCUUGUUCCUAUGCGAAGAACUCGGCGACUCUGCGCGUGUGGGACAGCAUUUUGGGGGCAUGGUUCUGAAAGCAGUCGAAAAUGAUGCCUUCGAACGGGUUGGGUUUGUCUAUAUCUACCCGGAUCCCAGUAAGUACAAAUACCCUUCUUCCAAGGAAAGUCGCGACGAGGAAAGCAGUGAAGAAGGAGGUGCCGAAGCCGCCAAAGACGACGAGGAUGGCGAAGAUGACGAAAGGAUGGAUGAUAAGAACACAGCUCACAAAGGAGCUGUCUACUUUUCUGCAACUAGACCUCUUCUUGGUGCAGAAAGGGUUGAGAUCAAUGACAUCGAAGAUGGAACAAGCGGAAGUGAUGGCGAUGAUCAUACAGUAUCUUCUUUUGUUCGCGCAUUACCGGUGCAAACUUUCAGAAUCGUUUGA